AUGUAUCGAUACGUUACGUACCACUUUAAUACCAAUCCGUACUACCGAACACCAUCGCCCCAGGGCUGCGCGCAGUGGUCGACUGGAUUGGAGCACGAAAGCCUCCUUGUGCACAGCCAUGAGGGGCGCAAAGAGGAGCACGUGCUUAACGUCGGGACGGUCGCCAUGCAGAUGUCCCGGUACGGGAGGGUUUUCGGGCUAUCGCGCGAAGAUCACUCGGUGGCGGUUUUCCGAACAUACAGAGCUUUGGAGCGUCGGACUCCGAAGCCGUGUGCGACGACAACUAAUUCGUCGAGGGCUCCUACCGCACGACGAGCUCUGGGUGGGGCGUUCCCGGGACGACGGACGUUCGCACGUUCGCCGUCACGGGUACCGGUCGCUACAGCCAGCAGGGCUUUGACUGGCUCCUGGAGAGCGCGUACCGUAAUCAUUGCGCUCCUUGCCGAGAACAGUCGUGUCCAUCAUGCUGACGAGUACAUCUACGGAGAUCACGGGUGGAAGGUGUCCGCCCAGGAGGCCAUGAAAGAGGGGUGGAACGCCAUUGUCAGUCCCGAAUACGUCCGCAGCCUGGAGGAGAACUUGAACGUGGACCUGGGUGGCCUGGAGGGCAUCAUCCAGGCGUUCGAUUUGCUGAGUGAGCUCUACGCCCAGCUGUACGACCUCCGCUCCGACGGCCUGUGGACGAGCCUCCUGCUGGAUAACUCGUCCUUCGGAGGAUCUGCGGAUGGUCCUACCCUCCACAACCCCAACCGCGACAGCUGGGUACGUGCUGCAUUUGUUUUCGGCGUCAAGCCUGUGUGGAUGUCUUGCUACUGCGUGGUCCAGAGGCCAGGCGACAAGGAGAGCGCCGCUCUCGAUGCGGGCUUGACGCCUUCCAGGAUCAGGGAAAUCCUUGGCCUCGACGGGGGUGACUCCACCGCCACGGUCCAGCUUGCCGACCUGGUCGGAACUGGCUGCGACGGCGACGUCGAGGACGUCGUCUACCUGGCGGAUGCGUUGGGCUUGGUGGAGACAAUCGAGCUCAACGCGGACGGAUCCGUCGAAGCUGUCCAGCUCUGUGCAGCGGCUGAAGACGAGCCCAUCGCUACGCGCAUUUGUAAGGUGGACGCCUAA